UUUAGUUUACUUUCAAACGCAGUCGUGAACGAGACGAAAAUGCGAAUUAAAUACGUGAUGAUAUUAAAGUUUUUGUUGCUUUUCGUGGUUGUGACGGCAAAAAGCAAUUCUAAUAAUAUAGAAUAUAAAUUUGUUGAUGCGAGUAAUCAAUGCGAUGGUUAUUGUUUCAAAAUGCUGAAGCCUAUUCUAGAGAACAUUGCGGAAACAAAGACUAAACUUGACAACUAUGAAAAUCUUGUCAACUCUAAGGAUGAGCAGAUUUUCGAAUUGCAGAAUCAGUUAGCGGAUCUUAAGACUAAUGAGAAUUUGUGCAAUGAGAGAAUCCAACAGAAGGAUGAUCUGAUUCAGGAGCUGGAGCAAAAGACCUGUCCUGAAAACAACGUCGAAAAAUCAGCUGCAUUACUUCAGGUCCCAGCAAUUGAAGAUAAUGCUAAUCAGACGAAUGAAUUGAUUAUACAAGAGUUGCCAACAAAUUGUCUUCUCUAUGAGAAUUCAACUGGUAUUAAUGAAGUAGAGGUGCCCAAUGUUGGCAGACUUGAGGUGCUAUGCGAUGAAGGUGGUUGGACAGUGGUUCAGAGACGAUUCAAUGGUAGUGAAAAUUUUUAUAGGAACUGGACUGAUUAUCGCAAUGGUUUUGGUAAGCUGCAGGGAGAGUUCUUCAUUGGAUUGGAGGCAUUGCAUCAGAUGACAACAUCGGAGCCGUAUGAGUUAUAUAUUGAGCUUAUGCAUUUACCAACUCAUGUUCGUUAUGCUCGUUAUGACCAUUUUGUCAUAGGCAGCGAUGACGAAGAGUACAAUCUGAAGUCGCUGGGAUCCUAUUCGGGUAAUGCUGGAGAUGCUUUGCGAUACAACAUAAAUGAUAAAUUUACAACUUUCGAUUGGGAUAACGAUGGCUGGAAUGGUAAUUGUGCCAACUAUUAUGCAAGUGGCGGAUGGUUCAACUUGUAUGCCAAUAGUAAUCUCUUUGGCAAAUACUUAGACUGGCAAGCCUAUAGUGUGGAGGGAAUUUGGUGGUACAACUGGAAGGGCUACAAAUCGUUAAGCUCUGUGAAAAUGAUGAUCCGUCCAAGACAGUCAGAAACAUAAGUCAAAUUUUCUUUAAUACAUUUUCCUCAUUGGCACAACAUUACCAUAUAAAAUCAGCUUCAGUUUGAGAUGAAUCUAAGAUAAAAUAAAUAAUGUAUUUCAAGAUAUAUUAACCAAAAAUAACAAUAAAGUUUUGCGGAAUUUGGCUACGUCA